UGAAAUAAGCAAUGAUCCUAUAACAUUUAAUACCAACUUAAUGGGUUACCCUGACCGACCUGGAUGGCUCCGCUAUAUACAAAGGACACCAUACAGCGAUGGAGUGCUGUAUGGUUCACCAACUGUAGAAAAUGUGGGCAAGCCAACCAUCAUUGAGAUCACUGCAUAUAACAGACGUACUUUUGAGACUGCAAGACAUAAUUUGAUCAUUAAUAUAAUGUCAGCAGAAGAUUUUCCAUUACCAUAUCAAGCGGAAUUCUUCAUAAGGAAUAUGAAUGUAGAAGAGAUGUUAGCAAGUGAAGUUCUUGGAGACUUUCUUGGAGCAGUGAAAAACGUAUGGCAGCCAGAACGUUUGAAUGCUAUAAACAUUACUUCAGCACUAGACAGGGGAGGGAGAGUUCCACUACCUAUUAAUGACAUGAAGGAGGGUGUGUAUGUUAUGGUUGGUGCAGAUGUUCCAUUCUCAUCAUGCUUACGGGAAGUGGAAAACCCACAGAAUCAACUGAGAUGCAGUCAAGAAAUGGAGCCUUCAAUAACAUGUGACAAAAAGUUUCGUACUCAAUUCCAUAUUGAUUGGUGUAAAAUCUCUCUGGUUGACAAUACAAAGCAAGUUUCCACCUUUCAGGAAGUGAUUCGUGGAGAGGGGAUACUGCCUGAUGGCGGGGAGUACAAGCCGCCUUCUGACUCACUGAAAAGCAGAGACUAUUACUCGGAUUUCCUCAUUACACUGGCGGUGCCCUCGGCAGUAGCACUGGUGCUUUUUCUAAUUCUUGCCUAUAUCAUGUGCUGCCGACGGGAAGGAGUGGAAAAGAGAAACAUGCAAACACCAGACAUCCAGUUGGUCCACCAUAGUGCUAUACAGAAAUCAACCAAAGAGCUCCGUGACAUGUCUAAAAACAGAGAGAUAGCAUGGCCUCUCUCAACGCUGCCAGUGUUCCACCCGGUUACUGGUGAGAUCGUGCCACCCCUUCACCCAGACAACUACGACAAUACGAGUAUGCCACUGAUGCAAACACAACAGAACCUGCCACAUCAGACUCAGAUUCCACAGCAGCAGAGUGCAGGAGAAUUUCGUAUGACAACAUUUCAAAGAUUUGAGGUAAAUGGUAUUCCUGAGGAACGAAAACUAACAGAAGCAAUGAAUUUGUGAUCAGAGAAAGCAGUAGUUGUCCUGUUUCCUUAUUUGUUCUGAUCGAUGCAUGAGUUUUCCUGGUGUCUAUUGUGCAUGCCCACAGUAUUAAGCCGAUUCCAGUGCCAGAGAUCACUUCCACGUAAUAAUGUACUGUAUCUUUUUGUACUUUGGACAUUUUUGACAAUUUGUAAACACUGAUAACUUUUUAUAUUUGUUACAUUAAGAAAAUAAUCUUUCAAAUAUAUGUAUUAAUAAAUAUCCAAGUUUUUUCUGUCUCAUGA